AUGCACUUUUCAGUGUUGAACCCCAACAAUUACUGGUAUACCGAUGAACCAGAAGUCGAGGAGGAUUCCCAUUUAAGUGUUUCAUUCGUCUUUAUGAUUCUCAUGGUGGCGGUUAUCUUGUUGGUGUUGUUGGUGAGCAUCUUUGUCUUCGCGGUGAUUCGGUUGAUGCAAAAGCGUAACAGGGACGACGCGGCCACCGCGGCUGAUAAUCAAGGGCAAACCGCCCGCGGCGUGCCGUUGGCGAUGCAGCUCCCGACCGAUUCUCCAGAGGUCGCGCGGGGGACCCUUCCUGAUGGGCAAACCGCCCCCGAUCCCGCGCGUGGACCUCCACGCGAUGAAAGCCACCUUCUCUUCCACGAAAGUCGCGUUCAUCCUCUGCGAGGGUCAGGGUUUUCUUCGCAUCCCGAGCGGGAUGAACCGCUCCAUCAUCACCACUCCCGACCAACACCUCUGAAUAGCUACCCCGAGGCAUUACCGCACGAUCCUGUGAUGGCGUACUACGACAGCGAAUUCACGGAUCCACAUCUUUAUCAGAUCGGACAUGAAUAUCAGCAUCAUCUCUUCGUAACCGCGGUAAACGAUGACGAGGAGGAUGAGCAUCAUAUUCAUGAAGGUGGUAACAACAAUAAUAAUAGUAAUGACAAGGAUGCGGGCAGUAAACCGAGCGUGGAGUGCUCGGAGUUGGAGUACGGGCAUGCGCGGUAUUUGAGUGAGACGGCGGUAUCAAGUAUUGCUUCCGCGGACAUUGUUUUCUAUGAUGAAGGGGAAGUCCAAUGUGAGCGCGAUGACAAGGAUCCAUAG